AGUAAUUUCUCAAGCGCAUCGAUUAACAGUGCCGUUAACGGCUAUGCUAACAAUAUCUCGCUAACUUAGUUGUUGGGUCGGGUUAGAUAAAAGUUUUGAAGUAACAGGUGCGAACUGAGAAGAUGCAGACAGAGUUGCCUUGCACACAUCGUUUCUCUGUGAACACUUUUAAAGGGAGCCACCCGCAUAAACUUGAACAAGAUUUAACGUUAGCUUGUUAGCUAGAUGGUUAAAGCCACGUUGGUACGCUUAAAAGUUUUAACGCUGCUAGUUAACUUCCUACAAGCUAACUCUGCUACCAAAAGUGACAGUGAAGUGUUCAUGAAAGAAGAGACCCACUGAACAUCACCCCGAUGGUAACCUGGAUUUUUUUUGUUGAUCGGCAAUUCCCAAAGCACUUUGCAGACUGCCAUCUCAACUUUUGCUGCAGAAGUAAAGGAAACCGGAACAAGAUAACCACAGACAUUUAAAGUGGACUGUCCAUGUAAAAGAAAAGAUUCUUGGAGUGACUUUUUGAGCUAUUAUUAAGCUCCAGGAAACACUGUUGAAGGCUUCUUGAUAUCAAAGGAGCAAAUCAUAUUAGUCUGAGACGGGACCAAAGUAGGUCAUAUUUUCCUGCUGGCCAUUUUGAAUGUAUACACGCAGCACUCUGACUUAAAAAGUCAAGAUACUCUAAGAAUACUCAAAGAAAAUUCAGGAUUAUCAUUGCAGCAAAAAUAAGAGUAUGUUGAGAAAAGUAUUUUGAGAGAAAAAUAGGAGUUUUUUUUUUUGGUCACAUAUUGGAUUUAUUUAUUCAUAUGAAUGUUAAUUUCUCCCUUUUUUGGAGAUUUGUCUUGUAAAUAGACAUAAUUCAUACACAGACUUCUUCUUUUCAAGAGGUCUGAAUGUCAAAUUGUGUACACAAUACAUUCUUUAAAAAGAAAAGAUAGGAGAAAAAAGCUUUUACUUUUUUUUUUUUUUUUUUUUUACACGGGUGCAUUAAGCAAAACAGGUGAAAUAGAGGCAAACAAAAAUUUUACACACUGUAAGGAAAAUCCACAUUUAAGGUUUUGAACUCAUGGCUACAGCAAGAACAGCAAACCCAGCACCAAUGAUUGGACUGAGCAAAGCAGCAAAUUUGCAGCUCAGAGGACAGACAAAGCCAGCUGGACAACAGUCAGGACUCCUUGCAACUGCCCAACAGUCCAGUGCCCCCCAAAAAAGGAGCAGCAUUCCUCAGACCAGUGGGGGCAUCAAGUUUGGGGAUGACUGGAAGAAGUGCCUGGAGCUUCCCCCAAAAGACACCAGGGUGAAAACUACGGAUGUGACAUCAACUAAGGGAAAUGAAUUUGAAGACUACUGUCUAAAGCGGGAACUUCUAAUGGGAAUAUUUGAAAUGGGAUGGGAGAAGCCCUCCCCUAUCCAGGAGGAAAGUAUCCCCAUUGCUCUGUCUGGCAGAGAUAUUUUGGCUCGGGCCAAGAAUGGUACAGGAAAAAGUGGAGCCUACCUCAUCCCUCUGCUAGAGAGGAUAGACCUGAAGAAGGAUCACAUCCAGGCCAUAGUAAUGGUGCCGACAAGAGAGCUUGCCCUGCAGAUGAGCCAGAUCAGCAUUCAGCUCAGCAAGCACCUAGGAGGGGUCAAGAUUAUGGCUACCACGGGUGGCACAAACUUGAGGGAUGAUAUCAUGCGUCUUGAUGAGAUAGUGCAUGUAGUGAUUGCUACACCAGGCAGGAUACUAGACCUUAUUAAGAAGGGUGUGGCAAAAGUGGAUAAGACCCAAACAAUGGUGAUGGAUGAGGCAGAUAAGCUGCUGUCCCAGGACUUUGUGGUCCUGAUUGAAGACAUUAUCAGCUUCUUGCCAAAGGGUCGUCAGAUCCUGCUUUACUCUGCCACUUUCCCCAUUAGUGUGCAAAAAUUCAUGAGCAAACACCUGCAGAAGCCUUAUGAGAUCAACCUGAUGGAGGAACUCACCUUGAAGGGCAUCACCCAGUACUAUGCCUAUGUGACUGAAAGACAGAAGGUCCACUGUCUCAACACGCUCUUUUCUAGGCUUCAGAUCAAUCAGUCUAUCAUCUUUUGUAACUCCACCCAAAGAGUUGAGCUUCUGGCUAAGAAAAUCACCCAACUGGGCUAUUCAUGCUUCUACAUUCAUGCAAAGAUGAUGCAGGAAUACAGGAACCGUGUGUUCCAUGACUUCAGGAAUGGAUUGUGCAGAAACCUUGUCUGCACAGACCUAUUCACUCGGGGAAUUGACAUCCAGGCAGUAAAUGUGGUCAUCAACUUUGACUUCCCCAAAAGUGCAGAGACCUACCUGCACCGCAUUGGCAGAUCAGGGCGUUUUGGUCACCUGGGUCUGGCCAUCAAUCUGAUAACCUCAGAUGACCGCUACAACCUGAAAACUAUUGAGGAUCAACUAGUUACUGACAUUAAGCCCAUCCCCAGCAGCAUUGAUAAGAGCCUGUAUGUGGCAGAGUUUCACUCUGUUGACCCAGAUGACUAUGAUGAUGACGGAGAAGCCAAAAACAAGGAAAUGAGAGAACCCUGAAUGAAUGGAGAAACAUGGCGCCUGGCAUUCAUCACACAGUACUGUCUACGCAUCAAACAAGACUCCAAGUGAAGAAUUCUAUUCCCCACUUUGCUAUCAGAAUGGUCUAUUUUAGAUUUCGUAUAUUUCCAGUUUGAGUUUAUAGCAAACUCUGUGCAUAUGCUAGUAAACUGGUAUCUCCCCCAGUGAAAAUUGCCACUUAAAUCAGUUUAACUUUCUGCCACACUGCCAGAGAUGGUCACUGUACAUGUGACUGUACCGCCACUCUUGACAAUAGAUGGAAGUUCUUAUAAACUCUUUUUGUGCUCUGCUUUAAGAAUGAAAAUGUGAAACCAAAGGGGAACUUAAAGGUUAGUGCCUUGUACAGCUUAACUACAUAUGUUUAUGUUCACAUCCUGCUGACAUGCCUUUUGAACAGAUGGUUUAAAGGAAGACUGCACUUAACAUAAUAAGAAUAAUAAUAAUCUACAGUCAGUGACCGUUUAUUAGAUACACCUUUGUUAGGAUGUUAUCCAGCUGGAAGUAGCCAUUAGAAGAUGGGUAGACUGUUGCCAUUAAGGGGUGCACAUGGUCAGAAAGUCCCAGGAAAACAGCACCGAUAACCAUUCCACAGUCAGUCACUUGGAUCAUAUUUUUUACCCAUUGUGACGUUUGGUCUGAACCACUAAAGCUUUUGACCAUAUCUGCAUGCUUUUAUGCAUUGAGUUGCUGCCAUGGUCAAAAGCUUUAGUGGUUGCACUAACAAGCGUUUGUAUCUAAUAAUUUGCCGACUGAGUGUAGUAAUUUUUUCGUAGCUUUGGGCAUCAUUUCUGUUGCUUAUAAAAAUGCUUCACCAACUUUAUUUCUUAGAUUUGGGGAUGCAGGGAUAAAAUAAGGUGGAUUGUACACACAUCCGUAGUUUAACCAAAUUAUUUGGGAUAACAUCCUUCAAAAGGGAACCAAAGAUGGUGGAGUGGAAUAAUUACAUAAGUUUGAUUAUAAAUGACUUCAGAAACCAAAAUGACCACUUUGCUCUGAAGGAGG